AUGUCUUUAACAUUAAAGCCUGAAUUGAUUCUAUGCACAGAUGAAAACAUAGAUGACUAUAAGGAUCCUUGCAUGGAGGCUAGUUUCGAAUUAGUUUAAAUACAGAAUGAGUAUCAUAAGGAAAAGGAGAUUGAAACAAACAGAAUUAAGACUUAAUCGGAUGAGCAUUAAACUUUCAUAAAAACAAGAAAGUAUCGAUCAUCACAAGAGUUACAGAUCAAACCUCUAUUUUAGAAGAACGAGAUAUAGGAUCAUGAGAACUCUGGUAAAAUACAAGCUAAAUCAAUUAUGGUUUCUUACUUAGUAAAGAGGUUUUUGACAAAAUUGUCAGCAUCCAGAAGACAUCGAUUAUUUUUUAAACAUAAACAUUUUUAAAUAGUAGGAGACAAGGCAAGUGGCGAAGAAUAGACUUUGGGGGAAAUUAAAAGUAUUUAAAGGAGUAAAAGUAAAAAAGGCAAAUCUAAAAAUAUUUUGUAGCUUCUUUUGAGUUUAAUUUUAGAAUGUCCUAAUUUCGUAUCAACUGUAUUUAAAUAGUUGCCGAUUAUUUAUCCACAGGAUAUUCAUAAAAUAAUAUGGGACAUCUCAUUUUGCUUUGUAUUGAUUUACUUUUUCGUAAUGAUUCCUUUAGAGUUGGCUUUUAAUAAAGGGUUAUUGUACUCCUAAUGUAUAUGGUUGACAGUGCCGCUGUGCUUAUUUCUAUUGAUCGAUUGCAUUAUGAAAAUGAGUACUGUUUAUUAUGAGAAUGGAUAGCCAAUCAUAGAUAAAAAUAAAAUAUUCAAAAACUAUCUUAAAAAUGGGCUGAUCAGUGAUGGAUUGGCUAUUCUAGUGAUUAUUUUUAACUUCUUUAAUUAUUUUUAUGUGAAGAGUUAUUGGAUUAGCUUGCUGUAAUUGUGUUUUGUUACUUAAUUUUCUUAUUUCACGAAGAUAACUAAAAAUGUAGAGGAAUCAAUAAAUUUAGACAAGACUUCAACUUCAAUUUUGAAUUUAGCAAAGCUUCUAUUGAUGAUAUUAUACAUUGUGCAUUUGUAUAGUUGUUUGUGGUUUUUUAUUGGUGAUUAUGGAGGUUAAAUGAAUUGGAGUAAUUGGUUGGAUGAUCGUCAUCUUAAAAAUGAAUCUAGUGUGUCUUAAUAUUUAGAAUCAUUCUAUUUUUCUACUGUUACAAUGAUUAGCGUUGGAUAUGGAGACAUCGUGCCUUAAAAUGAACUUGAAAAGGUUUUGACUAUAUUGUUUAUGUUAACGACUUGUAUUCAACUUUCUUUUACAAUUAACACAGUAGCAUAAAUCUUUUCUUCUAUUAAUCAUGCUACUGAAAAUACCUCUGAGAAAAUAAGAAUAAUAAAUAAAUACAUGAGUAAAAAGAACAUCAGCUUUGGAUUAUAAUAUUAGAUUAGACAAUACAUAAAAAUCUAUUGGAGUUAAUAAAUGAAAGAAGAGAAUGAAAUGGAAGAAGUCCUAAUUAAUUCGCUUUCAGAAAAUCUAAAAAACAAAUUGAUUGAAGAAGCUAAUUCCUCGAUAUUAGACAAAUGCGAAUUCAUUAAAAAUACUUUUACUAAUCAAACUAAAUCAAAAUUGAUAAAGUUGCUAAAAACUGUUUUCAUAAACCCAGAGCAGACAAUAACUUCUCAAUUACCCUAAUUUAUUGAACCGUGUCUUUGCUUUAUAGAAUCAGGGGAACUACAUUUAUAAAACAACAGCAAAAUAGAUAAUUCAGAACUGAUCAAAUUUCAUUAAGGACAAUAUUUUGGUCUUAAUGAAUUAUUAACAGGUCAAUUACCAACUUUACAGUUACAAAGUGAAUCAUUUGUACAACUAACAGUGCUACUAAGAAGUGAAUUUUUAGAUGUCCUAAGGGAAAAUCCUAUUGAUUAUGAAACAUUUUGUGCUAUCAAAGAUUAGAUUUUAAUGCAUGAUCUUGAUGUUCAAAGUAAAUGCAUCUCAUGUAAUUGCAGUGGCCAUACAAUAUCAAAUUGUCCUGUUGUCCAUUUUGUUGUGGAUAGAGAAAAGGUUAUCAAAAGCCAUCAGUUUUAUCACAGUCAAAAAAGAGAACAAUUUAUGAGGAAGAAAAGGCCACGACAUAUGUUUCACCCAAUUUUAGAUUAAUGGUUUUUAUCUGAGAUGAGUAAUAUGUUUAGAAAUCAUGGAGAAUGGCCAAUUAUUCAAUUUUAUUCAUUAUCCAACAAAUUAUUAGAGUAAUAACCUGAAAAGAUUGGGGCUGAAUCUCCUAUUAUGAGAGCUCGUGAUGUUACUAUAAAUAAUAGCUGCAAAUCUCAAUCACAAUUACCUAACUUACAUGACAUUCUUCAAAUCUCCAAAAUUGAAAUGCAAUAAAACCCUUAUCCUCAAAAUAAAACCAUGAGAUCAAAUUACAAAAGAGCUAGCAUUAGGAUUAAAAAUAUUGGGAUCCGAUUGAAAUUUUAGAAAAUUGUUAAAAAGAUUAUAAGGUUGAGACAUUUUUCAAAUGGUUUCUAAAAAAAGACGGAUGCUUAAAACUAACUCUCUCCAUAAUUUGUAUUUAAUAAAAGUAUGUAUUGGGUUGUUACAUCUUAUUUUCAACAACCCUAAUUAGAAGAGUAUCUUAGUAAAGAAGAUUUUUUAAAUCUUUCCUUUUUGAACAAAAGAUUAAAUUUAACUCUUAAUCAAGACUUAGAUUUAAAUAAAUAAUUUGAUUGUGCCAAAGAGUAUCUCCAUUAUUUAAAUUAAAACAAUCUAACAGUAGUCUUGGACCAAUUAAAUGAAAGAUCCUUCAUGAAAAAAAAGUCAUCAUUUCAACUUCAGUCUUAAACAACUAUAAUAUUACAAUAAAUACUAAACUCAUAAGAGAAACGAAAGUUGUAUUUAUAGACUUAUCUUAUAAAAUAUCUAUCUUAUCCGAAUGAAUAUUUUGAAAAGUUCCAUAAAACAAAGAAAAAGUAUUACAAUGAUGAGGAACAAUUGGGUGAAAAAAAGAGAGAACUAAUUAAGAGAUUUUCCAAUAAAAAAAGUCUCAGAAGAUCAAACAACAUGACUGAUUUUUAAAGAUCAAUCUAAUAAUUUCAUAAAUUAAAUAGAGUUCUGCCAACAGAUUUUAACAUAGAUACUCCUUGA